AUGUCAAACUUGGGACAAUUUGACUCUGACUUUUACCCAUCUAAUUACACCAUUGAUAAUCAGGAGCAUACUUGUAAUGAUUUUAACCCCUGUGGAAAUCUUUAUGGAUCUGAAAAGCAGCAAGCCAGUGAUCAGCCUCAGCCUGCCUUUGUCCCAGCAGAGAUGCUCAUGUCAUCAGGCUACUCUGGACAGUUUUUUCAGCCAGCAUCCAACCAGGAUUAUUAUUCACCGUCUUCUUACAUUGACAGCUUUGAUGAAGAGCCUCCUUUACUAGAAGAACUUGGAAUUAAUUUUGAUCACAUAUGGCAAAAAACCUUGACAGUGUUAAACCCAAUGAAGCCAGCAGAUGGCAGCAUUAUGAAUGAAACAGACCUCACUGGGCCGGUCCUGUUCUGCGUGGCUCUAGGAGCCACCCUACUUCUGGCAGGAAAAGUCCAGUUUGGUUACGUGUAUGGCCUGAGCGCCGUUGGCUGCCUAGGCAUUCACGCCUUGCUGAACCUGAUGAGCUCGGCGGGAGUGUCCCGCGGCUGCGUGGCCAGCGUGCUGGGUUACUGCCUGCUCCCCAUGGUCAUCCUCUCCGGCUGCGCCGUCUUCUUCUCGCUGCAGGGCACCUUCGGAACUGUGUCGGCACUGGUCAUCAUUGGCUGGUGUAGCCUCUCAGCCUCCAAAAUCUUCAUGUCAGCUUUGGCCAUGGAAGGACAGCAGCUUCUCAUUGCUUAUCCUUGCGCCUUACUUUAUGGACUCUUUGCCCUCUUAACAGUUUUCUGA